AAACUAGCUAGCAGCUAAUAUCUGACUGCGUUUUAAAUGUGCCAUAAACUCGGCUUUAAAUCAUAUAUACAGACAAGUUGACGGUAGAAGUAAACUUAGAGGAAACAUACAGAAAAGAUAAUAUGGAAUGAAAUCAUCGACCUGUCGGUGUAUGUUGCGUGAAACAGAUACCAGCUGUGAAGACUGCUACCUUUAGGCUAAUUCACGUUAGCUUCACAAGCUAGCCGACAUCACUCGACCAGAUUGGGUCAAAAUAAAAGGAAAUCCAAAAUGUCUCAGUGGAUCUGCUGCAACUCCUGCUUUUAUCCACCCUCCUCAGAGCGCAGACUGGCCCUCACGACGUGCGGGCAUGUCAUUUGCAGUGUUUGCCACCACAAAGGUAAACGAGGCGAGUGUUUAAUAUGCGGUGGCCGAUGUCAUGUGUCGCCUCUUACUGACCAAAGCAGCACAGAAGUGAAGGCCCUGUUCUCCAGCAUCGACGUCGUGGCAAGCAAAUAUUUCUCAGAAAUCAGCAAAGUGCACAUGUUCCAGGCAAGACAUCAGAAAAGGCUGCUGACACACUUCCAGAAAAGGAAUGAGAAGCUCGAGGAGGUCCUUGUCAAGAUGAAGCAGCAAAUGCAGCACAUGGCCAAGAAGAUGAACGAACAGAGUGCCUACAUUGCCAAGCUGGAGUAUUCUCUUCAGAGUGCAACAUCAAAGUCUCAGAUGAGCCACAGCUCCCAAGCCUCACAGGGACGAAAAGCAGUGGUCCAGAUCCCAUUUAAUUCUCCUGUGUCGCUCUCCAGACAUUCCUCAUCCAGCAACAUCGCUGACCACUUAGAGGGGGAUAAUCGUCGGUUCAGGAAACCUGCCAAUGUCCCCAGACUGUCAUUGAUCAGCCCUCCGCAAAACGGACGCAUGGGCACGGUGUCUCACAGACCGUCCAGCCAGAUAACAUUGGCCAACCACUCCACAUAUUCCGCCACAGUCAGUGGCUGUCAAAGACCACAGACCAGCCCAAAGUUAUCACCUGGACAACUCUCUGGUUGGAACUCUCCCAUCUUCCAGACGUCCCAGCCUUUCAGGUGCUCGUCUCUGUCCUCCCUGAGGCACCCUCCUCCUUAGCAGGUGGACGUACACGAUCACACUAACCGUCUCUAAGUGGAACUAUUUACAUAUUAGUCUGUGUGCUGAGCAUUAUGUGGUGUCUGAGUUGAUUAAAAGUCUAAAGAAAACAA